AUGGUUCAAAGGAAGAAGAGUCAAGAGUCUGACUCGGCCAGUGAGUUCCCGAAAAAGGGUGUCCAAGCCAAGGGAGGACAUACAAAAAAGGAAAGGUCAAUUAUAUCGAGCCUGUGCUUAAGUUGUUGCUACCGUUGGAGCACCUCACUUCAAAGAAGGACAACGGCCGAUGGCGGCACCGAUAAGAGCAGGUUUCCCGACCCGAGCCGAGCUGUGGCAGACAAAGGAAAAGCAUUAACGACCGACCCGCAACACCCAACCGAAAGAGGUCUCCCCCUGGUUCAGCUAUCAGGCGAUCAAAGAAGGAGUUUUCGUAUGUCGUAUUUUGCUUUCUGCCGAGAGGACCCAUACGUGGUUUCUGGGUCAAAGCGGUACAGGAUAGACUCGCUCCAUGAGGUCGACGGUGUGCCGCGGGUGCUAUGCUGGCCUUCCGCUAUGCUCUUCAAUAACCGGGCGCCGCGAGAUUCUCACGCGCUCGGGCUCGAAUGUCUUGCACCUGGCUCCGGACUAAAGCGAGUCGACUCUCUUGAUCUCUGGCACUGGCCACUAGGUGUCAUCGACCGAAAAACUUCCUAG